AUGAUUAGUCAAACAAUUGAAAUAUUAGUUGGAUUAGAAAAAAAGAAAUUGAACAAAUCAGACUUUGAUAAAAAACUAUGUGAACAGUUCAUGCAAAAUGUUGUUAAACUGAAGGAAGAACCUUCAGGAUGGAUCAUCAAAAUUGGUAAAAAUGAAUAUGAUUUUGUAAAAAUCAUAUGCAAUUCAUUGAUAAAUAUUAAUGCAAUGAUUCUGGAUUUUGAUGAUCCAAUACUAUCCUAUUGGGGAAGUUCAACAGCAUCAAAAUACAGAAAAGAUCAACUAUCAAAACUUGAAAAAGAAUAUAGAAAUAAAGAAAAUGUUAAUCCAUUUUCAAUUAGUAAUGUGGGUAAUAAGCCUGAUUUAUGGGUAGAAACAAAAAUAGCAGGUCGAUUACACGAAAUUAUUUUCUCGGAAACAUCAGGCUCGCCAUUCAAUGACACAAGUAGUGAUGAAAAAAUAAAAUAUGACAGAAAAAAACUAAUAAGAUUCGCACGUGACACAUUCACAAAAAUGUGCAAUGAAUUAAUAGAAAAUAAAAUUAGUUAUUUACCCAAUUACAAAGAAAUAUAUAAAGCUAUUUCCAACAUUCAAAUAUUUUUAUUACAAAGUUGUGGCAAAAGGAUGAAAAUAUACAUUGUUGAUUUUCCAUCCAAUUCAUUUGGCAGAGUCAGAGAAUAUUGUGAUCUGGAAGUUCCAUAUAAAAGUAUAUCAGAAAUUGAACUACAAAGAUUCAUAGGAACCUUGUUUAGAAUAAGGGUUCAUAUGGAAAGCAAUAUCAAACUCAUCAGAAAAAUUAGCACUGAACUUUCAAAAAAUUUCAAUGGAAUUCCAGGAAGAGGUCCAUCAAGGACAGACAUUAGAAAAUAUUAUUCACAUCCCUCACCGCCUCACAAUAAUUAG